UUCUACAUGAAGCAACCGGAGACUGAAAAACGCAGAACCUUGAAAGUCUCAAGUGUUGAAGUUGACUACUUUCGGUUGAGUUGAUCUGUGAGUGAAACAUCAGUCUGGUGUUAUGCCUCCAAAGAAAACAGAACGUAAGGUCGAUACCGUGGAGGAGAUAUUCACACUACCUGAAAGCGACAAAGAUAGUUUGUUGCAAAAGGAGUAUGAUGUGCUAACCGAUACAUUGCUUAACCUCAAGAGGAAACUGGAGCAAAUACGGAAGGAAAACGAGUUCCUCCAGAAUGAAGUCAACCAGACUCGAAUGGAAAGUCACGAGUACAUGUCAUACAUGUCGAAGAGAACCCAGAAGCGGCAGAAGGCCAUAGUCACACUAAGCGACCAGAAUAAUCAGCAGCUGGAGAGUCUGAGGGAGCAGAGAGAAGCGCUCCUGGCAAAAUCCGAAGAACAGGCUGGCGAGUUAAAGCAGAAAAUAUUGGAAAAGGAAAAUGAGCUUGCUCUACUGAACGUCGAGAUUGCUGAGCUAAGAGAGUUUAAGAGCCUGCAGCAGCAGCAGUUGAGCUGCAUUGCGGAGCUGGAGCGGGAGGUGGUGACCAUGCGCUGUCACCACUCGGAGGCGCUGCAGACCCUCAAGUCCGACUUCCUGGCCGACAAGGAGCGCUACCAGGCCCAGGCCCAGAAGGAGGUGCACGAGCUGGCUUUGGCUGCCAACAAGGAGGCGUCCGAGUGCCUUCGCUCCCACACCCAGGAGGUGGCCCAGGAGAACCGGCAGCUGCGCGGCGAGCUUCAGCAGCUGAUCCAGCGUGCGCACGCCCUCCAGAAGCACCAGACCCACCUGCGCUCCCAGGAGCGCCAGCUGCUCCUGGAGAAGGAGUACGUGCAGGAGCUGCGCAGGCUGCGCGCCGCGCCGCACUCCCAGAGCCGGCCACAAGAGGGAGCCGACCAGCCGGCCAGCUAGCAGAGAGACCCACCGACCCACACUAACAACAAUACACAGGCUGAAUCUGAAGCUCUGGAAGAGGAGUGGCUUGUGUAUUUAUUUGAUGUUUAUUUUCUUCUUUUUCUUCCGUUCUGUAGGGUUUGUGUUUUCAAGGUGUCCAAGAGGAAAUAUUUAGUAAAACUGUCCUCGUAAAGAUGCA